AUGGAAAAAUUUUUGCCCAAACUUUUCACUGUUUCGGAUAUUGAUAAAUUUCCAACUUCAAAUAUCGGAAUUGGAAAAACAAGAGAAAUAGUUCAAAAUUCAAGAAAUUCUAUUGAAUCUCAGAACCGUAAAGAUAUUCAAAAAGUUGAAAUUCAACAAAUUCCACGUUUUAAAGAAGCAUAUGAUCUACCUAUCUUUAGCGCUCAUAAUCCUGGUUUUUAUGUAACAAAUAUUUGA